GGAAAUAAUAGAAUAAACUUCACGAAAGAGUUCAGGCAGCUUGACGAAUGCGAAAUUUUAAGAUCAUUUUAUCUCUACCGAAAACCGUGUUUAUUGAUUCCCGAGCUAUGUGCUCAAAAUUGGGACAGGCGGUUAUCAUUGAAAGAGUCAAGUAUUAAACUUUGAUGUUUCGUGACUAUUUAUUUUACGUUUUUGAACACAAGACUGAGGAGUGAGAAGGUCCUCUUACAAAUGUUUUUGACAGUUCUUCCUGCGUUGCUCGUGGCAUGCAUGUCAGCGUCGGUGCGGGGGUUUGUUGUGCCAGGUGGCCUGGUGACAGGCUCCGGUAGUGCCGUGGUUUUCCACGCCCACGGACCCUCAAACACUAGUCCGGCCUCUGGUAAGAUCAUAGAGUACACGGUCGUGGAGGUUAACGAAGGUCAAGGAUACAACGCGAGCAAUGGCGUCUUCAUGGCACCAGCUGGCGGAAUGUACAUGUUCAGCACACAAACUUGUAUCUGGUCGAACACGUUCGUCCUGAUCGCCAUCAUAAAAGAGGGCGUGGUGGUGCAGCCUAGCGCCCUCUACGACACCUCCCCUGGCUACGCGCCCUGCUUUAGCUCACAGGCGUUCGUCCGUCUGUCCGCGGGGCAGCGUGUGUGGGUUGAGAGCAGGCGGACGAACAACGGAAACAUGCUAUUCGAGGACGAGGGACGCUGGACGAGUUUUUCCGGAGUUCUGCUUUAGGCGUUGUGUUACGUCGUCUGCUUCACAAUAAUAAAAGCGCGUUACUUUACAUAUAUUUUAAUCAUUAAAAAACCCUAGCAAAAAGUAAAGGUAUUUAUUUGUUAUUCAGUCCGUAUGUUCAUGUGCAGUAUAAUUGUACUGGAUUACUUUUUACCUAAAGUUUCGGACACUGUCAUUAUGUUAUUAUAAAUUUUAUAUGCCAAUAACUGUUCGUGAUCGU